GAAGAAGUGAAGUUGUCAGACAUAUUGUGACAGCAAGAUUUUUGUUUAAAAAAUAUUAAUUCAAAGAAGCUUUGUUAUGGGUUUUAGUUAAAAAAUGGGAUUUGAAUUGAACAGAUUCCAAGGAGAUGUUGAUGAAGAACUUAUUUGUCCAAUUUGUUCGGGAGUUUUAGAGAACCCUCUCCAGGCACCUGUUUGUGAACAUGCGUUUUGUAAACCUUGUAUAAAUGAAUGGAUAUCAAGGCAGCCAACAUGCCCUGUAGAUCGACAGACUGUAACUUCAGCACAAUUAAGACAAGUACCAAGAAUAUUACGAAAUUUACUUUCUAGACUGUGUAUAAAUUGUGAUAAUGCCCAGUAUGGCUGUACCAGAAUACUAAAACUAGAUACAUUAGCAUCUCAUUUAGAGGAAUGUGAACAUAAUCCAAAAAGACCACUGCCUUGUGAAUUAGGUUGUGGUUUAGUUAUACCCAAAGAUGAACUCAAGGACCAUAACUGUGUUAAAGAAUUAAGAGCAUUAAUUCAUACCCAACAGCAAAAAAUGAAUGAAUUUCAGCAGGAACUGAAUGAGCAGAGAUUUCUAAUUGCUGAUUUAAGAAGGGAAAUGAAUCUUCUUAAGGAUUUUAUGCGAGCAAUGAGAAUAUCCAACCCAUCAAUGAGAGCAAUUGCUGAUGCCAUGGAGAGAGAUGAAGUACUGCGUUGGAGUAAUUCACUCCAGAGAGCCAGAGUUACUAGAUGGGGUGGUAUGAUAUCUACUCCAGAUGAAGUCCUACAAAGAAUGAUAAAGAGAACAUUGACUGAAAUGGGUUGUCCACCUCACAUCCUUGAUGAUUUAAUGGAGAACUGCCACGAGAGGCGGUGGCCAACGGGUUUGUGUUCUUUGGAAAUCAGACAAAACAACCGGCGGCAGUACGAAAACUAUGUGUGCAAAAGGGUGCCAGGUAAGCAGGCUGUCUUGGUGCUUUCUUGUGAUAAUGGACACAUGGGUGAUGAUAUGAUGGUUGAACCAGGUCUUGUUAUGAUUUUUGCUCAUGGAAUUGAGUAAUGAUAGGUUUACAUUAGUGCAAUGCAACAUCUCUCUUUAAUUCCUUAACAAUGGUCAACAAUUUAAUACAUUCCAUUUACAAUUAAUUAUUUAAGGUUCUUAAUUUUAAGUGCCAAAUAUACAAAAUUAUUUUCUUCAAUAACUUUGUUUUCUAAUCUCAUUAACAAUGUGAUACAGUUAAAAUCUCUCUGUAAGAAUCUCCAACACUGAUUUUUGUUAAUAAUUGUUUUAUAUUUAUAUUGUUAUGUGCGUUUUUCAAAUGUAAUCAAUAUACAUAUUAAGUUAAAAUUCACAAUUAUAAUAUUAAUAAUUAUUUUUGUUAUAUAUUUGUAAAAAAUCCUGAAAUAUAAUAGAGGGACAGAAGAUUUCAGUUUUAUGUUGUGGUAUUUUGUUUAACAAGCCAACCUAAAUAUGUUUUUUCAUGUUAUGUACUUAUGUAAUUUAAUUUGAUUAUGUACCCCAUUGAAAUAUUGUAUGUCUUAAAAUAACAUUCUAUUUUAAGGUAUUUAGAAUUAUAAAUAUUCAGAUGUUAUUUUUUGACUAGUUAUGGAAUUCAAGAUUUAACCAAAAUUAAAAUCUGGUUGCAUUUAGAACAAAGUAUAGUUGGCUUGAGGUAAUUAUCACUGAUAAUUUAUCAGUAACUAUUUAAAUAUCAGCUGAUUGUAUUCAUAUUUUACUAUAUUUUAUGUUUCAAAUACAUUCUAGUGUAAAGGUGUUAUCUUAAAAGACACUUGAUCUCAAUGAUUUGUGCAGAAAGCUAACCAGUUUCAAUAGCUGGUUAGAAUUUGAGUGCUAGUCAACAUAUCAAUCAUGUGAUUUGCUAGAUUCUGAUUUUUCAUUAUGAGCAAAUAUGUUACCUAUCUUGUGUGGCAUUUUCAUGGUUUUUCCCCAAUCACGUUUUAUCAUAAUUAUGUUAUGGUAAAUGUAUAUAGGUAAUCAAUAUUUGCUUCUUAAUUUUGUUAUUUUGUUUUAUUUGAGAUGCACUUGAAUUUGUUUGUCUUUUAAAAAGAAAUUUUUGGUUUAUAAUUGUUUAAAAUCAAACUUUAUAUCCGAUAUGCCGUGAUUGUAUUUCAAUUAAUCACCAUAUUUAAUUUGUUAUAAUACUUUGUUGACAAGCACAUCUUAUGAAGAUGUUAAAUCUUAUGUUAAUGUAAAUAGUUUAUGAUUAAGUUUUUUUAGUAUUUGGCAGUUUUAUAUUUUUGCUAUGUACUGCCAUUUUUAAAUAAAAUUUAAUUAUUGUC